AUGUCCCAAGUCUACUUUGAUAUUUCCGCCAACGGCAACAAGCUCGGAAGAGUUACCUUCAAGUUGUACAACGAUGUCGUUCCUCAGACCGCUGAGAACUUCAGAGCUUUGUGCACUGGUGAGAAGGGAUUUGGCUACGCCAACUCUGCUUUCCACAGAGUGAUUCCUCAGUUCAUGUUGCAGGGUGGUGACUUCACCAGAGGCAACGGUACCGGUGGUAAGUCCAUCUACGGUGAGAAGUUCAAGGAUGAGAACUUCAUCAAGAAGCACGACAGACCAGGUUUGUUGUCCAUGGCCAACGCUGGUCCAAACACCAACGGUUCCCAGUUCUUCAUCACCACCGUGCCAUGUUCUUGGUUGGACGGCAAGCACGUCGUUUUCGGUGAGGUCACUGACGGUUAUGAUGUUGUCAAGCAGGUUGAGGCUCUUGGUUCCAACUCUGGUGCCACCAAGGCCAGAGUCACCAUUGAUGCCAGCGGUGAGUUGUAA